CAAACUGGCAGUGUGUGAAUUAAUAUUUUGGAAAAAAUUUCAUCAAGUAGACUGCUCUUCAUUGUAAAGUGAUAGCAAUAGAUGACAAGUUUUGGAGGGGACAUGUCAUGCAGACCACCAUCAGACACUGUCACUGGGACCAACUGGGCUCUGGAGGUGAAACCUCAGAAGGAACUGAAAAUGAAAGAAAGAGGCCAGUGGAACAACAAGCUGGAGUUUGUGCUCUCAGUAGCGGGAGAGAUUAUUGGUUUAGGAAACGUGUGGCGCUUUCCCUACUUGUGUUAUAAAAAUGGAGGAGGAGCUUUCUUCAUUCCAUACCUCAUCUUCCUCUUCAGCUGUGGAAUUCCAGUUUUUUUCCUGGAGACUUCCCUGGGGCAGUACACCAAUGAAGGGGGAAUUACAUGCUGGAGAAAAAUCAGCCCUCUUUUUGAAGGCAUUGGUUACGCUACCCAAGUGAUUGUUGCCUUGCUAAAUUUCUAUUACAUCAUCGUCCUGGCUUGGGCUCUUUACUUUUUGUACAACUCUUUUACCUGGAACUUGCCUUGGGCCACCUGUAACAAUGAUUGGAACACCGGUGCUUGUGUGGAAUUCAGCACAAAAAACAAAACCUCAAACUGGACAAUUCCUGCCAAUGCCACUUCACCUGAGAUUGAAUUCUGGGAAAAUCGUGUGCUGCGGAUUUCUUCUGGCAUUGAACACAUUGGCAAGUUACAGUGGGACCUGACACUUUGCUUGUUUCUGGCCUGGGUUGUCUGCUAUUUCUGUAUCUGGAAAGGAGUCAAAUCAACAGGGAAGGUAGUUUAUUUCACUGCUACAUUUCCUUACAUUAUGCUUCUGGUGCUGUUGAUCCGAGGCGUGACUCUACCCGGUGCAGCAGAAGGAAUCAAGUUUUACCUUUAUCCAGACAUAAGUCGACUCGCAGAUCCCCAGGUAUGGAUGGAUGCAGGCACUCAGAUAUUUUUUUCUUAUGCCAUUUGCUUGGGAUGUCUGACAGCUCUGGGCAGCUACAACAAGUACAACAACAACUGUUACAGGGACUGCCUUGCCCUUUGUUUCCUGAACAGUGGGACAAGUUUUGUGGCAGGGUUUGCCAUCUUUUCCAUCUUGGGUUUCAUGGCCAAUGAACAGAAUGUGCCCAUUUCAGAUGUGGCAGAAUCAGGUCCUGGUCUGGCCUUUAUUGCAUACCCAAGAGCUGUCACCAUGAUGCCUUUCUCACCACUUUGGGCCUGCUUCUUUUUUAUCAUGAUUACCCUUCUGGGUCUAGAUAGUCAGUUUGUCUGUGUGGAGAGCCUGGUAACAGCCAUUGUUGACAUGUUUCCAUCAGUAUUCCGCCGCAGUAUGAGGAGAGAGAUGCUCAUCUUGAUGGUUUCUAUAAUCUCCUUCCUUGUUGGACUAAUUAUGCUUACAGAGGGUGGGAUGUAUGUGUUCCAGUUGUUUGAUUACUACGCAGCCAGUGGGAUGUGUCUGCUGUUUGUAGCGAUCUUUGAAACAGUAUGUAUCGCUUGGGUUUAUGGGGCUGAUCGGUUUUAUGACAACAUUGAGGAUAUGAUCGGCUACAGACCGGGUCCAAUUAUUAAGUAUUGCUGGCUGUUCUUCACUCCAGCUGUCUGUAUUGGUACAUUUGCAUUCUCUCUGAUCAAAUACACACCACUGAAGUACAACAAGAAGUAUGUGUAUCCUUGGUGGGGAUACGGCUUGGGCUGGUUGCUUGCACUCUCCUCCAUGUUGUGUAUCCCUUUCUGGAUCAUCUACAAGCUUUCUACCACAGAAGGACUCUUCAGUGAGCGAUUAAAACAGCUGACAAAGCCAUCAGAAGAGCUGCCCAAGACAAGAAAAGAACAGGAGAAGCUAUUAGCCAUCUUUGUUCCAGAUACUAGUUUCCAUCAACAAGGGGAUCCCAUCAGGGAGGGAUAUCUCCUUGUGGCUGACAUGGAGACCAAUUGCUAGAGCUGGAAGAGCCUCAAGGAAGAAGUGAAAGUAACUCAGUGGUUUCAUAAUGCUGGGCCCAGAUUUUUCCACUUUGCAAUAUACUCUAGAAGGAUAUACAUAAAUAUAUUCUUCUAUAUCAGUGACAAAGGACAUUUGAAUGCAUAUACUGUAUAUACAUAUACGUAGCUAAAAUAGGCAAGGCACUAUAUUUUAUAUAGACAGAUCAUAACUUAAUCUAUACAUUUCUACAAUCAAUUACAACUAUCAGAACCAAUGUUAAGUGCUUUUCUUUGUUGCAUUAUUUUAUCAUUUUUGUAUUAGGAACAGGUACAACAGUGUAAAAAAAUGGCUGUUCGCCAAGGAUUUUAAAAAAAAAGUACCCUGAUGUCAUUUUAAAUGGAAUUCUGUUUCUAUGGAUAUACAGUAUAUCAAAAUGCAAGAAUUUUACAAGUAGAUGAUUUACAUCAUUUGCAAGUAUAAUCUUCCACAACAUUUAAAGAGUGUGAGGAAAGAAUUUGUUUGAAUUUAAAUAAGUGCAAUUAAUGAUUUUUGUAUUACUAUUACAAAACAAAUGCAUGAUGGUCCUUCACAACCACAUUUUAUUUUAAAUUAUAUGCUUGUAAAGUGGAGGUUGACAUUUUGAUGACUUUGAUGACUGUUAUUCAGAGUGGCAGGUUGUGUCAUCUGAAACUUACGGUAUGACAUCUGAUGACAUUAAUAGCUUAUCUCAAUACUAAAGAUUUUACAUGUUAUUGAGUGAGCUAUGUUUUCACUAUAUUAUGUAAACUUUAUGCAACUCUACUUAUAAGGAAAGAUUGAUCGAGGACCUAGGCAGAUAUUACAAAAAUAAUAUUUGGUAUUUUAUUAAAAUGAAAAGUAUGCUCAAAGAAAUGAAAGGCCUUUUUAAAAAGUAAGAAAAUGUUUAAGAAACUGAAUUGGAAUAUUUAUAAGCAUAACUGCCACGCCUGAACCUGAUAAACUUUCAUGGUCAUUUAAUGGACUCCUGUAGAAAUAGUGACUUGGUCGAAUAUUUUACUGAACUGUUGCAUGGUACCAGCCUUGUGCCUGACGCUGCCAGGAAAGGUGACUGCUCUCUGCAAACCAGAAGGUUUAAUGAUGGGUGGAUGGAUUGUUUGAAAGUUUCAUCUCUGUUCCCACU